AUGGCGCGACUCGGCGUCGCCGGCCUCUCCGCAACUCAGCCUCGGCUCUCCGCGACUCCCGAGCCGGCGACCCCGACUGCCUCCAUCUCCAGUUCCCCAUCCAGCUUCAGUGCUCGAUUGCUCUGCUCCGACUUCGAUUUGAUUUCUUCGUUCAGAGGAAUUUUAUCUCCGGAUGCAGUUUGCACAACCAUAACAAUUCAAGGCACUUCGUUCGUUGCAUCCAUAACAAUUCAAGAGUCUUUGCUGGGAACAAGCAGUACCUGUCAUUAUCAUGUUCUGUGGGAUGUGAACACAUUUGCCGCUGAUAGUGGUUAA